AUGUGCACCGGUGAUGCGCAAUGUUGGACAGUGGAUGUCUUCUCCAUACUGUAUUGGCCCCUGAACGUUGGAAGGAUAGAGGCGCAGACGUACUGUAUAGAUGAGUCGAAAGUCUUGGCCAAAGUGGCUUCCAACGACAAGGUGGUAGGCUCAGGGUCUAGCAUCAUUGUCUGUACCUCUGCCUGUAAGCUUCACACCAUCGCUAGUGAAGCGUCUUUGGCACCGUUUCGAGGAACGUUCAGGGAGAGGGAUGGAAUAUCGCCUCUUCAGGCAGGUGGUCCACGAACCUUGAAGACUACCGAGCCAGGGCGUCAACUUUCGAAUGACCGGGGCGCUGUCCAAGUGCCUACCUUACCUGAUGUUAGGAACACCAACGAAACGAGCGUUGCUCGCGGCUUCCUACUGUCAGCAAAGGUUGGAUGGGCAGCGAGACAGGACGAUCAGCGUGCUGUCUCCCAAAGGUCUGUUGCUAAUUACGUGGCAGAGAAGCGACGCAUACAAUGGUCUGGUCAUGAGCCAGGACAGGGCCACAGGGGUUGGUGA